CGUGCAGAAAAUGUGGUAUUUAACGUUCGUUGACGUGACACGUUAGAUACGAUCAGAACUGUGGACAGUUAUACUGUAAUAGCAGAGCCUGUGGUGGUGGAGAAACAGUCUUAUCUUGCAAGAACAAGGAUUAUCUUGCUUGUUCACGGUUGUGGAGGAAAUCAUCCAGAAAGUUCAUGAAAUCUUGGUGGUUAUUGGAACCAUUAGAAGAUUAAUCUGAUAUUUUGUGUUGGAAACACCAAUAUUUUUUGACUUUAUACAGGAACCGUUUGGCAUGGCCUCGUACAACCCCAGCGGUGGUAUGGACGGCGCCUCGGGCACCGAAGUGGCGGUCGCCUUGGUCAACGUCGUGCAACGAAUGAUCGCGGAGGCCGCUCGCCUGCAGGUUCAAGAGGCCCUGCGCCUGCAGGAGCAGGAGGCCGAGCGCAGACUCCAGGAGGCCGUGGAAUUGCAGGAACAUGAUUACGCUGCUCGUGCUCGCCAGAUAGAGCCCGUGGAGGAGACGAUGAGACCAUCCUCGGCGAGGAGAGAAAGCAAGGGGGCUGCAGAACAGAGGGCGAUGGAGAACGCUCGCGACUGUUUUCCCGCGCGUGGAGGCUCUCGUGAAGCGGGGCGCCCCUUUCCCCCUCGGCCGCCUCCGCCUCUACUUCCUCCGCGCUUCAGCCGCCCGCCGCCAGGGGCGCCCUGGGAGCACGACGAAGAUCGCCCGAGGCAGCAGCUGUGGCGGCGUUUGAAUGAGCUCGAGACGCGGAGGCGGGCUUCUCGAUCAUCUCCUUCGGAUUUGGGGGAGGACUUGUGUAAUGCGACCUGUGCUGACGAGGUCCGUUACCUUCUAGAUUCCGGGGCUGAUGUCAAUUACACAAACACCAGGGGAAAGUGCCCGUUGAUAUCAGCCAUCGAUCUAAUUACCGAUGACCAAUCGGGUGACGAUGCUUCAGAAAUGGUGUCGCUUCUUCUUGCCAGGGGCGCCGACGCGAACUCAAUCGACAUGGACGGCUCGUCUGCGCUGCAUUUGGUUAGUGGCGGAGAGAACUUUGAUCUGCUGAUCGAGGCGGGGGCUGACGUGGAUGCACGGAAUUGGGAAGGGGCGACGCCUCUGCACAUCGCUGUGGAUUGGAACGACGAGGUCGCCGUACGCUCUCUAAGCCUUAGGGCUUGGAAAGCCGGUUGA